GGGAAACGCCCGCGCCGGCCACUCUGAUUCCCGGACGAGAUGAAUAUCAAGCUGCCGCUGCUUUUGGAAGUCGUCCUCAACAUUGUCUCCCUGUGUGCCUUCAUUGUAGAGGAUCAGCUGUAUCAACUCUUUGAGAACUGCCUGCCCCUUGCAGAAAAUGCCUUCCAGAUUGUUGACUUGGCCCUGAAUUUGUGCUUCCUAGGCUCAUUCUUCUUAAGGAUGGCUUUAGCAGAAAAUGUGAGGAGUUUCCUGUUAUCCUGUUACACCAUUGCAGAUUACUGCACUAUACCACCAGCCAUCUUUGGAGUGAUUCUUGGGAGGUCAUUCAUUGGUCCGCAGUUCAUGAGGAGCAUCUUCUUACUGAAGAUCCCAGAAAUUGGAGGCUCUGGUGAGAUAUCCCGUGGGAUUCUCAUCACGAAGUCCCUGUCCAAGGUUCUAACUGCUUGGUUUGUGAUGGCUGGGCUCAUACAUUUAAAUGAGGGUCUUGGCGACCCAACUUCUCUGGAGAAACCGCAUGACUUGACCUUCGGAACUUGGCUCUACUUCGCAGUGAUAACACUAACUACUGUUGGCUACGGUGACGUCUCGUGCAAGACGACACUUGGCAGAUGUUUCCUCACAAUAUCCAUAUUCUUUACUCUGGUUUUGUAUGCAACAUAUAUACCUGAGUUGGUGAUGAUGAUCGGCAAACUGCCACCAGACUUCAUGCCAUAUACACCGAUAUUGGCUGGCAGGCAUAUUGUGUUCUGUGGCUCACUGGACACUCAGAAGAUCCGCUCCUUUGUAACACGCUGGAUAGACAGGGAAGUUGACCUUGUCUUUCUGGGCGAUGGAUGUCCCAAGCCCCCACCCUGACAGCCCGCGUGAGGUUUAGCCGCGUGCAGUCACUCAAGGUGGACGUUACCUCUGUUACCCCCCACUGACGUUACCCCAUAGAGCGUGGGUUGGUUGGCAUGUGGCCCACAAGCCUCAUGCCAGGUGGUUGGGAGUUAGUGCGAAGCCAGGGCUUGUCCAUGUGCCAGUGAACCAUGACUGCUACUCCAAGAGCCUCCACAGUUCUGCCUAGGACUGCAAGGUACCUGGAGUCCUUGAGUGGCCAAAAGGAGGUACUGCAGAAUGCUUGAUGAUGGCGGGGGAGACAUUCAAAGCUGCUCCCUUUUACACAAGACUAGCCAAUGGUGGCAACUGCAAGUGAGAAGGCAUGCAAAGCACUUAACACGAAAAAGGCUACCAAAACCAUCACUUCACUUCA